AUGGCGUUUCUCUUUGAGCUACAUCGGAAAGUUGAUAGCGCUAUCUUGGGUACCUGGGCACUGUACUCUCAGGCCAACCUGAAAGAGGUCGUGGCUAACUUCUCACGUGACUACCACGCUACCCACUUCCCCACGUCGCUCCUUUCGACCGAGACGUCAUCGCCAGCCCCCGUCCGUCCUCCCGCAGCAAAUGAACAGCUUGAGCCAUGA